AUGGCGACCUAUGCGACAGCGUCUGUCCAACGACCAAAGAAGCUGGUGAGAUAUGGCAAGUCUACAUCGCGAUCGACAUGGAGCACGAAGCACGUAGAUAGUUGGCUCGAUGACGAGGAAAGCGAUGCUGCAGCGCCUAACGCCAAAAGGGUGCAGACGGUGAAGGCAACAUAUCAGGUGCAGAAGCCUGCCAUCCAGGAUUCGAAGAAGCAGGAAGCCAUUGACCCUGUGCGGAGAUCUACGCAACAACCCGUGCCAAAACAUGAGUCUUCAAAGCCUGGGUCGAACGUAUCGAAGCCUCUACCAAAUCCUGCGAGACCCGCACCGCAGUCAGCGAAGCAACACGCCAAGUCACGAGAUCUCUUCGAUGUGCCCUCCUCAGGGGACGAAGCCGAGGAGGACUAUGUGCUGAAGCGGCCCACACCACCGAAUUCAAGGCACAGCAAGACUUUGGUAGAUGAUACGGACACGGUCGAAGCACUGGCACCUUGGGAGACUAGAAGGACGAGUGUGACGGACAUGCGAACCUGGAGAGGCAGUGUGAGCCCGGAAGCUCAGCUGAAAUCAGACCUGGCGAAGGAAGCGGUGAGGUGUGGAGAUAAUGAACAUGCAAUAUUCGACACGCCAGCCCGGGUUAGAACAUCUGAGACAACGACUUCCACGUCACUGCAAGAGCCUUCGACGGCAGCUGCCAGACUUGCUGCUCGAAGACAGCAACACCGAGCGCCUUCCGCGAGUCCUGCAACCACCAGGCCACCAGUGCAAUCGAACAAGCGCAGCGAUGCAGCUGUGGAAGCCACGCUUGUGAGACCUUCGAAGCGCGCUCGGAAAGCUUCGCCGCCACCCACUGAAAGCGAAGACACCUUCAUGACAGAAGCCACACCAGCAGUCGUUUGUGAAAACUCGUCAAAUGAGGUACUGGAUGCUGGAAAGGCCAUAGAGAUCUACGACUUUCCAGUGGACGACGAGACCUCUCCUCCACCAGUAACGAUGAAACCCAAGCAGGCCAUGGAAAAGAACAAACGACGAACAGCGUCGUCAUCAGCCAGAGCAACCCCUAUCAAAGGACUAUCCGCCCCAGCUGCCCUGGCUCAGAUGCUACCCGCCGACACCGACAGCACGGACACGCCAUCCCGCUCGCCAUCGGUACUUCAUAGCCGCACGGCAACACUCAGAAGAAGUGCAACACCGGCCAAUGCACAGAAAGACCCAGCGCCAGCCCAUGGCCAUGUGUCAAGCUCGAGUCCUACGACCAAAGCCACUGGUACACUGACACCAAAGCAGGCCCAGCUGUGGAGUCAACUGCUGCCUAGCGAUCCACCUGCUGAUACACCAAGCAGCCUGGCCAUGAAGGAUUUACGUCUUGAAGGUCGGCGACGGCGUGUUGACAAAGUACCAUCACUUUCGAGCACUUUGACCAAGUCGAAAUCUGAUGUGCCCGAGUUGCACACCUGUCGUGUGCGGUUGGUGGAUCGUCUCAAGGCGGCCGCUUCAAGCUCAGACAGCGAUAGCAGCGAGGAGCAGUCGGACAUAGACGACGAUGUGGUCAUGAGCAAUGUUCAGUCAGCUAGCGCAAAAGACGGCAUCAGAGAGACACAGGCGGCCAACACGCAGUCGCAAAGCCAGAGUCAAGCUGCAGCAGAAAGCGGACCAAGAAUUACUUAUGCUCGAACGAGAUCAUACCUUCCAGAGGACAACCCGGAAGACGCCCUGCUGUUCGGUCUGCCAGCUUUCACGCCGGCGAAGCCUGCAGGUCUCGUACGCCAGCCGGGUCGCACAAAUGCAGCCUUACAAAAAUCUGCCUUCGACCUCGAAGAUAGUGAUGAAGAAGCCGGCACAGGUCGCAUACGUACCAUACACGAACUCCGUGCCGCAGGUCGCAACAACCGCUUCAUGCAAGAGACCGAGACACUACUCGAAGAUAUCGCACAGGAUAGCAGUUCCGGUAGGAGUCGAAGGCGAAGCGCCUUAGCCGAGUUGGCUACGAAAUUAAUGGAAAAGGGAUUUGCUGAACGAUUCUGUGCCCAAGGCUUCGAGCGUGCAUUGGCAGACAGCAUUGCCGCUUCCGCUCGUGAUUUGGUUGGAGAUGUUCUGGGCAUGGCUGUUAUCUCUCUUCUGCUCUUGGCUGAGCCACCAGACCAUGUGGUGACACAUCUGAAGGAACGUAAUUUGAUAGCAGCUUUUGGUUAUACGCUAAGCGAGGAGUUGGACUUUAGCAAGCUGGUCAAAGAGAGAAAGCAUAACAUUGCGAAAGCUACACAAGGCACGUUCGCGAGCUUUGCGAUUACAAUGCUUGGUCAUGAAGCGCUCUGGGCCGAGACGAGACCCAGGAUACUCUCCCCGAGGAUCCUCGCCUUGAAGACGAUGGACUUGCUGGUGGGCAGACUGCGUCGACUAGGCGAUAGAUCAGAACUCCUUGACGAGACACAGCUGCAGCUUGUGUUACCAGAGAGUGAAAGCGACCAUGAACGAGAAGCCGCGGACCUUGGAUUAGCAGUGUCGGUCCUCGAGGCUCUCUCGUCCUCAGCACUUCGCCUCCAAUGGCCGGAAGACCUUCUCCAGCGCCUGGCAGCUCUACUAUCCUCGCUCGGCGAAGCCACCACAGCACCAAAGCACACAGUCUUCCUGGCUCUUCGCCUGACACUGAACCUCACAAACGAUAAUGCACGGAACUGCGGCAUCUUUGCUGCGCGCCAAAGCACAAUCCAAUACCUCGUCACGUCUGUCCAACAUGGCUUUACUGCCCUGGAGGAAGCACAAACUGCGAGCGAGACAGACCCGACAGAAGAGCAGGACAACUUGUCCUACGACCUCCUCGUCCUAUCUAUGGGCAGCAUGAUCAACCUCGCAGAGCACAGUCUUGCCGCCCGCCACCACACAAUCACCUCGUCCACCUCACGGACCACCCUCGAAUCCCUCCUGACAGUCUUCGACCGCGCCCAAGAUCGCAUCGAAAACGCCGAGUCCCUGACAGAAAGCAGCACAAACGUGGCCUUCGGCUACCUGGCAGUCAUGCUCGCCAACCUCUGCCUUGACACUGAAGUCAGGGGGUUCGUGGCCAUUAAGCUACCUGGUAGGCACUUAGGCUUGCUGGUGGAGAGUGUGGAGGAGUUUGUGAGGCAUCAUGAACGGGUUGAUGCGCUUGGGUUUGAGGGCGCGGAAGGGAGGGAGGUUUGGGGAGCGUUUACGGAGAAGUUGCGUGGAGUGUUGGAGAGGUUGAGAGGAGUUGCUGGUGUUGUAGAUACGUAG